AUGUACAUCACUCAUUCCUCUCUCUGCUUACCCUGGUUAUGCCACAUUGCCUAUCUUCGAUGGAAGAACCGGAAAACUCCCUACAAGUCAUGGGUACGAGAGUACAACAACGAACUUCGCGGAUCCAUCGCUACGGUCGAUGCAUAUGCUACUCAAGGCCCGAAGAUGAUCAUUAAACGACAAGGACAGACGGGAGGUCCCUUGGACUUUCUCGCAACCUCCAUGGGGAUUGUCACAGUGGUUUUGACAGCCAGCGGUGUGAGCUGGUUCGUCUCUCUAUCUCUCACCACCCCCGCGGAUCUCACGGCCAUAUACAACUGUUCAACAUUCUUCGCCGCGGCAUUCAGCGUUCCAAUUCUAAAAGAAAAGCUAGGCUGGCUCAGCAUCGCCGCCGUCGGAAUCUCAAUCAUCGGAACUUUUACCAUCGCAUAUGGCGACACAACAGCCGAGCACGACGAAACUUCCGAAUUCGGAACCAAUAGAUUACUGGGCAAUAUCAUCGCUUGUGUUGGCGCCGUGGCAUUUGGACUUUACGAAGUCCUGUUCAAGAAAUGGGCCUGUUCGAGCAGACCGGAGAGUGAAGUUAGUAGUUUACCUCUAACUCUCGCCGCAAGCGCUAUGACGGGGUUGUAUACUGCAGCUUUGGGAUGGAUYGCCAUCAUCAUCUUCCACAUUGUGGGCGUGGAAGCUUUUACGAUUCCGAAUUUCUAUACCUGUAUUUGGAUCGUUAUUGCUGUUCUUGCUGGAUCAAUCUCCAUUACUCUCCUGGUAGUACUGGUAAUUUGGACGGAUCCAGUCUUUGGAAGCAUGGCGAAUGUUUUGAGCGUGUUCUUCGUCGCUCUGGCGGACUGGUUGGUUUGGGACCUUAGCCCGUCCAUGGCUACUUAUGCUGGUGGCAUCUUAAUCUUUGUGGCGUUUGGGAUGUUGGGGUAUGAUUCUCUAGUGGAGAAGAAGGAGAGAUGA